UAUAUUCUACACUCUUUUGUACUUUACCUUUAAGUGUUAAUGUUUAAUGUUUGGAUUUUGUGUUUGCCGAAUAAAUGAUUUCUUUCUUUCUUUAAAUCCAUGGUGAGGCUAUCGAUCGAUAACAUCGAUAUUUUACUCGACAAGUGACAGACAGCUGACACUGACUGACACUUGAAAAAUAUAGAAUAGGUACAUACGAAUUGUAGCACUUAACAAAAAUACAAAUAAAAACAAAUUGUUUUUAAUAGGUAACUGUGAUUUGAGUGAAAGAGUACUUAUUUUUUACUCUAUAUACAUGUAAUAUAGUACAUAAUAUUAUAUAUAUAUUAAAUGGGUACCUAAUCAAACGUUUGAUACGGCCGAAAUAAAAGUUUAGUCAAAGAAAGAUCCAUAGAACUAUUGUACAUAUUUGUCAUUUUUGAUAAUUAUGGAUAAAUCGUUAGAAGAUAAUUUAUAUCAAGCAAUACUUGUUGAAGAUCUCGAAGCAGUCUCAUCUUUAAUAUCUCAAGGUGCAAAUCCUAACAAAACAGCUAGUCCUGGAAAAACAUGUCUUGGAGAAGCAGCUAAUGUUGGUAACAUAAAUAUUUUGAAACUACUCAUUGAUGCUAGCAAAACAGGUCCAAGUGCAUCAACUAGACCAAGUGGAGGCAGUCGCAAGAGACUGAUAAAAUCACACAAAAGAAAACUAAGGCAUGAUGGGCAAUUUGAUGACAAUGUUGUGAAAUGCAAAAACUUAAAUGACCGAACAUUCAAAGACCUGUAUGUUGGACAGUGCAGUGUUGGAGUCACUCACGAAACUGUAGGAUCAGAUAAGAACCAAGGAUAUUAUGUUUUCAUACAUAGUGAAGGGUCCAGCAGUGAUGAAAGUAAGAUUUCUAAUUUGAAAUCACCUUUGAGUCCUUCAACAUUGACACCUUCUCCACAUGCAGAACUGGAGUGGGAUGAGGAAAUAGGAAAUGUGGCACCAACUACUAGUGAAGAUGAGACUUGGUCAUCUAUGUAUAGGUGGUAUGCUGCUAUUCUAGAAUGCACUGGAGCUGCAAUAGCUGCAGCGUCAGUAGUGACCAAUGGAAUUGAUCAGCAGGACAUGUUCAUGAGAACAGCAUUGCAUUAUGCAUCAGAUCAAGGUCAUGAAGGAGCAGUGCAGUUAUUACUGGAUGCAGGAUGCAAAGUGGAUGUUACGGCAGGUGAUGGAUUGACUCCUCUACAUGUAGCUGUCAUAAGAAACCACACUGGAAUUGUCAAAAUAUUACUAGCUUCUGGGAGUCAUGUUAACAAUAAAACACAUGAAAAAAUCACACCACUUCAUUUUGCAGCAUCUCGGGGAUAUUUAGAUUUGGUAAAAAUUCUAGUCAAUAAUGGGGCAUACUUAGAAGCAAGAGAUACAAAUGAGCGCACGGCUUUAUAUUUAGCAGCUGGACGAGGUCAUAUAGAAGUUGUCAAAUACUUAAUUGCUUCAGGAGCCAAUGUUAAUGGUGAAGAAAUACAUGGAUACACUCCAUUAUGUGAAGCUGUUUGGCAAAGAUAUGCAGAUGUCGUUGAAGUUCUGCUUUUAUCAGGAGCACGGAUAACACAUUCUCAUAAACUUUUACACAAUGCAAUUAUACAGAGACAGGAAGGUAUUGUGAAAAUGCUUGCUAAUGUUGGCGGUGGAAUAAAUUUGCAUAACGAUAAUGGGGACACUCCAUUAUUGUUGGCAGCGCGGUUGUCUCAACCCAUGGUCGUAAAAGUUUUACUUGAAAAAGGGGCCAAUAUUAAUGCUUGCAAUAGUAUAACAGGAGCCAAUGCGUUACACAUAGCUGUGGAAAGUAUAGACUGCCCCAAGGAAUUUGAAGAGUUACUAAUUUGUCUAUUAGAAUAUAGAAUUGACACAAAUGCUACUGCGUUGACGGGAGAUACUGCUUUGAACAGGGCAUUGUUGUUACAUAAAGAUCACGCGGCUGUUCUACUAAUAAGACAUGGCGCCGACGUGAAUGCGUGCGACCUUCAUUCAUGCGGUCUCGACAACUUGUCAAUAGCGAGUAGGCGACAAACGCCUGACCUUGCUUCCAUGCUAAUCAAAGCUGGACACUGUACCACAAUCCCAGAAACGUCACCUCCGAUUUCUAAACCUGGUACGACAGUUAACUGGCUUCAUCAUGUCUCUAAAACCCCACUUGAGUUAGCCGAUCUCUGUAGAAUAAAAAUUAGAAAGUUGUGUAAAAACAAAACUAUGUAUUCAUAUAUACCACUUCUACCUUUACCAAAGAGCUUAAAAAGAUUCCUUAUGAUGGAAGACGAGGGAAUUUAUUAGUAUUUAGUUGAUAUUUGAAUCAAUCUAUUUCUAUAAAGGUAUGUUUAUAAAAUAAAACAAAUCUAUCGUGAAAAA